AUGGACCACCGAUCCAUUAAUGCACGGCCUGUGAAGAAAUUAAACUGGUUGAAUCUUCCGCACGAUCUCACUUUGAUGAUCAUUGGGAAACUUACCGCAUUUCAGAUCUUAACCAGCGUUCAGUUUGUGUGCCGCAAAUGGUGGCGCAUCUGCAUGGAUCCGCUCAUGUGGCGCACCAUCAACAUGUGUGAUAUUGGGAUUAGCAAUUCGGUGGACUAUAAAUUGGAGAAGAUGUGCUGCCAUGCAAUUGAUCGUAGUUGUGGCCAGUUGGUAGACAUAAGUAUCGAGUACUUUGUUACCAAUGAUCUCCUCAAAUAUAUAAUUGACUCGUAA